GUAUUGGCUCAUGUUUUACUCAUUCAAGCAGAUUUAUACACAAUACAAUGAACAGAGAGUGGUAUAAGGUCAAUACUCAACCAUUUCGGUGUUAGUGUGACGAGCAGCACCGGAGCGGGAGAACUUGUGUCGGUUUUACUCAGCCAUUACGUAGGCUACCUGUGAACAGCAUGAUAUUUGUGAAAAAUUUGAGGUUAUUCUACUUCCAAAACAUUUUGUUUGCCAUGUUAUUUUCCGAAAUAUUCAGUGUAUCUUACCAACCAGAAUCAAGGACAAAUGUUUAUCUGCAAUCGUCGCCACCCGAAAAUGGACAUAAAGUCAUCGGCUUAUUCUAUCCUUUACAUGCUGCAAUGGCGUCCGUACGACAAGAAGAAGUGCAACUUGACCUUAAUCAAACUCUUUCAGGAACAAUCGCGUUGAGUCUAGAUAAUACUGUCUGCUACGAAGAUCUGGGAUGUAUUACCCGCUUCUCGUUUGCCGACCCAUUUUUGUGGCCAAUUAAUUUGUUGCCCGAGCCCCGGGAUAAGAUUAAUACGCAUUUCACCCUGUACACCAGAGAACAACCCUACAAUACAGCAAAUUUUAUUCCAAUAUCGGCUAAAGACCCAAAUGGAAUAAUGAAGACGUCUUUCAAAGCUACUCGCCCAACGAAAUUUUACAUCCAUGGCUGGCACGCUACCGGGUACGAAGCCCGUUACCAAACCUUUGUAGAAAGAUUGCUGGCAAACAGUGAUGUCAACGUCGUUUUCGCUCAUUGGGGAGGAGGAGCGAACACAAAUUACGAUCAGGCCCACGCUAACACUCGUCUCGUUGGCUUGGAAAUCGCAUUUCUUGUCAACACCAUGAUGGAUAAAUUGGGAGUCAAGGCUUCAGAUGUUCAUUUGAUUGGACAUAGCCUGGGAGCGCACACAGCAGGUUACGCCGGAGAAAAAAUAUUUCAGCUGGGCCGGAUCACAGGUUUAGAUCCUGCCGGACCGUAUUUUCGCGGAAUGCCUCCUUUUGCUUGUUUGGAUCCUUCGGACGCUCUUUUUGUUGAUGCGGUUCACACCGACGGUGGUUUCUUAGGUACCGGUAUUUAUCGCCCUGUGGGUCAUCUAGACUUCUACCCCAAUGGUGGCUUAGUUCAGCCCGGUUGCAAGCCUCCUUCUUGGCCACCUAGUACGAACGACUCGAUACUCUCUUGCGAUCAUGUGCGGGCCAUUUACCUGUUCAGCGAAUCGUUUCUAUCCGACGAAAGCUGCCAGAGCAUAGGAUAUGAGUGCUCCGAUUACGAAUCCUUCAACAAAGGUCAUUGCACAACUUGCGGAUCAGACAAUACUCAGUGCGCUCCUUUUGGUUUGCAAGCCAAUACUUUCCCGAUCGGCGACAGGAUCAACGUCAAAAUUUUCUUUAACACCGGACCCAACUUCCCAUUCUGUAGAUACCACUACGCAGUCAACAUCAAUUUGGCUAAACCACAGGAAGCUAAGGAUCACAUCAAAGGGAAACUUCGAUUAUCUGUUAGUGGAGAUCAAGACAUUUUGCGAAACAUAAAACUUCCGCUGACAUAUUUAAAACAUGGAGGAGAUAACACAUUUCUCUUUGCUGUCCCAACUAACGUGGGUCGAGUCGAAAAAGUCAAUCUUCGUUGGAAGUACGCGAUGACGGAUUUGCUGGAUUGGCUGGAUAGGACGUGUUCUUUAGGAUUUUGUAAUCAAAGACUCUACGUUAACAGCGUUACGAUUUCGGAACUGAACAACUACCCUGAAGAGAAAAGAAUCGCCAACACUUUCAAGAACUGCCCGCAAUCUGUACCCGGCGUCAUCAGAAAUCACUGGAAUUUGGAUUUCACCACCGGAAAUAGUUGCGUGAAAACAUUUCAGCUACAUUUUACAUGGUUUCCGCUAUCGUGGUUUACUCAUCAGUCAGACCCUAGCACAAUUCCAUCUCAUUAAUUUAAAUAUGUUUGCUAAAUUAUUGCGCAGGACUGUGACUUAUUUAAAAUAAACUGAUAUGACUUUAAGUAGGAAGCCUCUUUUCUAUUAGAAACGAAAAGGUUUUUACGUUG